AUGGGUUCAGAAUCUGCGCCGGCUGUGUACGUGCCAUCGAGGACCGGCAAGUCUCUGCUGCUCCACGACGGGUAUACGUUCUACUUGAAGAAUUUACAAGCUAACGGCAGGAAGCAGUGGUAUUGUUCGUCACGCGACAUGGCCGGCUGCCGUGCUGACGUCAUAACCGCCCCCGCUCGAUCCGGAAAUGGUGAUAUACUGUUCCUGGUCCGUGGAAGACAUAUUCAUGCACCACCAAGCUAUUACUUCACUCCAGACGGCAAGUAUGUAAGACGUAAAGACGCCUAUCAUAGAUACAGUGGCGGGUUGCGGCUCGAUGUUGGUAUGGCGUCGACGCAGCAACAGCAAAGUUCAUGCCUCAACUUGCAGCAUAUCCGUCCUGCCGCUGCACACCUGCGAUUGCCUACUGCGUCUCAAGUUGCGGCUCUGAUUAUCAUAGAUAGUGGGGCUCGAUACCUGUAUACAGCGAGAGGCGGGAAACUGCUUUUCUACGAAGGGAACACUUACUUCGUUAAUUCGAGAAAGAAACGCGAGAAAGCUCGUGUUUUAUGGUACUGCUCCUCCAGGAAGUCUAGGAACUGCCCAGCAUCUAUCCUGACCUUGUAUGACAGAGUCCUGGGUCAGCCUCCAGAACACACGCAUCCGCCCAAAGUAUCUAGCGGCUUCAGUACAGCCACUAUUAACGAAUAUUUCGCCGACUAA